AUGUUGUUCCGAGGCGCUUUCUGUCUUGCAGCCUUGACUGGCUUUGCGGCCUCUUCGCCUUUCGUUACGAACUUGAUGCCGAGAAGAGCAUGCGAUGGCAACACUGCUUCCACACGCUCGGAGUGGUGUGAUCACUCCAUCGAUACCGACGCGUCCAUCGAGAUUCCAGACACUGGCGUGACCCGCGAGUACUGGCUCGAACUCACCGAUGUUAUUGUAGCGCCUGAUGGCGUAUCUCGGACAGCGAUGGCCAUCAAUGGCUCCAUACCAGGACCAACGCUCAUCGCAGACUGGGGCGACAUGGUCGUUGUUCAUGUCACCAACUCUCUUACGACAUCCAACAACGGCACGAGCAUACACUUUCAUGGUCUUUGGCAGAAGAAUACCAACGACCAGGAUGGUGUGAGCUCCAUUACCCAAUGUCCAACAGCACCAGGCGAGUCGAUGACUUACACCUGGAGAGCCACCCAGCACGGAUCGACCUGGUAUCAUUCGCACUUUGCGCUGCAGGCUUGGCAGGGUGUCUUUGGCGGUAUUGUCAUCAAUGGACCUGCCACGGCAAAUUACGACGAGGACUUGGGUAUGCUCUUCCUUAACGACUGGGAUCACCAAACGGUUGAUGAGCUCUACCUCUCCGCCGAGAUGGAUGGUCCGCCAGUUCUGGACAAUGGUCUGAUCAACGGUACCAACACCUUUGGAGACGGCGGCCAUCGUUACAACGUCUCCUUCGAAGCUGGAACUUCUUACCGUAUCCGCCUCGUCAAUGCCGCUGUCGACACCCACUGGAAGUUCAUGAUCGACAACCACACCAUGACUGUCAUUGCAUCCGAUCUUGUACCUAUCGAACCUUAUGAAGCUACCAUUGUCAGCAUCGGUAUGGGUCAACGAUACGACGUCAUUGUAACAGCUGAUCAGGGAGACGUGGCUGACAACUUCUGGAUGCGAGCGAUCCCUCAGUCCGCAUGCUCCGAGAACGACAACGAAGACGACAUUCGCGGUAUCGUCUACUAUGGUGACUCAGCUGGAACGCCUACCACUUCCGCAUACGACUACGAAGAUAGCUGCUCCGAUGAGACCGAGAACCUCGUGCCGCACAUCCCAAAGACUGUCGGGGCAACAUCGUCCACAGCCGAUGAGCCUGUCUCUGUCGGCCGCAACGACGAGAACGUGUUCAAAUGGGCUCUGAACAGCACAUCCAUGGUCGUGUACUGGGACGAUCCCACACUCAUGCAAGUUAUGCGCAAAGAACGGACGUUCGAGGCCUCCAACGCCGUCUUCCACCUACCACGCGAGAAUGAGUUCGUCUACGUAGUCAUCAGCACCAACAUCGGAGUACCCCAUCCCAUCCAUUUGCAUGGCCAUGACUUCUUCGUCAUCGCUCAGGGUACGGGAGAGUAUACCGACGACGUUGCUCUCAAGCUAGACAACCCGCCGCGCCGUGAUACCGCGAUGCUGCCAGCAUCGGGCUACCUUGUCAUCGCUUUCGAGACUGAUAACCCAGGCGCGUGGCUAAUGCACUGCCACAUCGGCUGGCACACAUCCGAGGGCUUCGCCAUGCAGUUCGUCGAGCAGUAUGACAAGAUCGCGGGGAUAACCGACAAGGAUGCGUUGGAGAGCCAGUGUGAUAGCUGGAAGGCUCAUAGCGGGUCUGUUGGUAUCCUGCAAGAUGACUCUGGUGUAUGA